CUUGUAUAGACGUAUAAGGAUGUACGGAACUGGUAUAAAUAGUGUGUUGCCAAACGACGUAGAUCAUUUGCGAACUAUUAGCUGACAUAUAAAUUACAAGGUUGUUUUAUUAUUAUUUUGUUUAUAAUUAUGAGUGCAGUUAAUACACAUUUAAUUUGUGAAAUGGAUAAGAAUUCAACGGUCACAUCAACUACGAUGAAUCAAAAUCUGCUAGGGUCAGACGAAGGGGAUGCUAUCCAGAACAGCAUGUUCUCGCCUUUGGCACCACCGUUUGAGAGUCGUUUGAACAAUCUACGACAGAAUUCUGUUCAUCAUUCCACUUUGACAGGACCACGGAAUUUUUCACAACCAAUGAUGAAUCUCAGGACAAACCAUUCAGACGCACUCUUCGAAGACAUAGGUUCCAGGUCUCAAAACUAUUCGAUUAAUGACAACGGGGAUGCAAGUUCGCGUGCGCAGAAUGUGUGCGGUGAAGGCGUCCCCACUGGAGACACCACCGCUAAGAACGAAAACAUUUUCGACGCCUACGAUUUCUUGCUUAAAAGUAUGAAGUCAGCGCACAUGUACAUCUCGUUACUGAACCCGGAGCAACUGGCAGUGUUGGGCGCAAUGCGACCGAGCGUCCUCUACGAGUUUCUGCAGGGCAUACUGAAAGCUAAGACUGGCAAACGCACCAAGCGACUGCCUACAGAGUGCGCAUUUUGCAAAAACAAUGGUGAAAGCGAAGAGUGCUACAUGUCGCACCCGCUAAAGGAUUUCCGCGGGCGUGUGUUGUGUCCCGUGCUGCGCGCCUUCCGUUGCCCGCGGUGUGGCGCCACUGGCGACCGUGCUCACACCAAGAAAUAUUGUCCUGAAAACCCCGAAAAUGGUAUAAAUCGUUCAGGAGACUACCAGUACCAACGGCGCCUUUCUUCCGCAUCUUCAUUCUUCAUGAGCGAUGGUGUCCACGCGCCGGCCGCGACCCCGCCCAUGCCUUCUCCGUCGGACAGCGAUACAGGCUUCAACACACAUUUGUGGUCAAGCUUCACCUUGAACUGACUGCGGAAACAUUGAAAGGACCAAACCAUAAACAAACUUAACUAUAUCUGACAGCAAAAAUUCUAGACCCUAAGUAUAGUGUUAACGUGUUUAUUAUAGUUCGAACAUAAGUACUAUUAGUAAGUAUGUAGUAUUAGUUGGGGUAGUGCCUGGCGAGUUCGUCUUGCUAUGUGAAAUAGUGUGCUCGAGGCUCGUCCGGCGCAGGCGCAGGCGCAUUCAGCCACCGGUAUGCAGGACAUACCGCGACUGAUAUCGCACCACCGACACCACAGAUUACCUAUUUUUAUUCUUUAACUUUCACUUAAAAACGGAACAGAUUCAAUAUUUUCCUUUUCAAUCUCAACAAUCAAUUAUAAUUCUUUAAAA